AUUGGUUUGAAAGUCGAAACGGAAGAAGUGCUCUUUACAAGCCGAUUCCACGCGACGCAUGACACAUGGAGAGGAACAAAGCGCUGGACCAGCUCUUGGGAGAGCUGCAGGCCUUCCUUGUGAUGCUGGAUGUGGAGAAUCUCAGCAGCAAGGCCAUUAUACAAAAAGGCCUUCUAUCAGACCUGCUGCACACCUACACCUCAAAGGCAGAUCAGCAGCUUGAUGUCUUAUAUAUGGGAGAAGAGGAGACACACAUUCCUACACCUCAGAAUGGACUCCCUGAUCACCCCCAGACCUUGUAUAUGGAGAGUGGGCUGGAGUCACCAGAGAGUUACUAUGAGUCUUAUGAACCCACCCCCAACGAGGACUGUGGGGGUAUGAGCAGCUCUUAUGAGUCAUAUGACGAGGAAGAAGUGACCAAGGAGAAGUCUGUGCCACACCAAUGGCCAUCCACUGAGGCAUCUAUCGCAUUGAUGAAGGAUGCCCAGAUCUGUGCCUUCCUCUGGAGGAAGAAGUGGCUGGGCAAAUGGGUCAAACAACUGUGUGUUAUCAAAGAACAGCACCUCCUGUGCUAUAAAUGCUCUAAGGAGCAAACGCCUCUGCUGGAUGUCAGCCUUGCUGGCUGCAGUGUUGUUAUGCAACUGAAGAAGAAGGAGUACAAUCUGAGGAUUGCCCCUGUGGGGGCAGAGGCCAUUGUGCUGGGCCUGCAUAGCAAGGAGCAGGCCAAACAGUGGCUCAAGGUUAUCGAAGAGAGCAGGAGGAUGUCAGUGGACAUGUCUACAGUGCCCUCUGCCACUGACACUAAAGGUGACCUCAGUAUGGCCUUGACUGACUGCCAUGCACAGAGCACGGACAAUAAAGAGCCGAGGAGGAAGUAUGUUUCUGCACUGAAGUUCAGUGAUCUCAAGAACCUUGGAAAGAAGAAGAUGCCCCCAUCAGAGAGCCCAGAUAAAUGUCUCGACACAUCGGGGUACUUGAAUGUGCUGGUGAACAGCCAGUGGCGAGUCCGUUGGUGCCUUAUUAAAGACGGACAGCUUUUUUUCUACCAGGACAAGGGGAAGACCAAAGAGUCCCAGCAUCCCAUGCCCCUGUCCGGCUGCAUGGUGCUGCCUGACCCCAGCUCAGACCACCCGUACUCCCUCUGCCUUUGGCAAGAUGGCAAGCAGCUAACCACCCUGGAGGCCAAAUCUUCAACAGAGAUGGGCCACUGGCUGGGAUUAUUCCUUUCACAGUCAGGAUCAAGAAAUGACCCAGAGGAACUUCUGCACUGUUAUGUGAACUCAGAGCAAAUUUCCAGUAUUGCAAGAGCUGCUAGAACCUCCAUGGAUAUGAUGCAGAAGAGAGGCUCACAGAUCAACACAUACAUAGACAGUCUACCCACUGCUGUGAUAGACCCUGAUGACAUCUAUGAAGAAGUGCCCAUAUAUGAAUCUGAGGAGAGCUUGAGUGAGGUGGACAGUGUGACACAGGACAGUGUAAACAGGGUCUAUAUUGACCUCAGCCCGGUCAGGUCCUUCCUCCACACCUCCCAGGCCCAUCAGGACAGCAGCCUCUCACAGGAACCCCCGGGACCCUUUCAGCCAAAGCAGUGGGAGCCCCCAAACCAGGGGAGAGGUAAAAGACAGGAUCGACCCCGAAUGGCUUCCCAUGAGCCUGCACAGACAGAGAGGAGCACUCAGUCCGAUCCACAGAAGGAAGAGGAUGAGCAGCCAGUUUCCAGUCCAGCUGUUGACCGGUCUAAGUCUCAGUCCCUGUCCCUAUCCCAGUUUUACUCCCACUCCAAUGAGAGACCAUUCCCCCUUCAGGAGGCCCAGAGGAGGACAGGGCUCAAUUCCCAGUUUAGUUCUAGUGGGGUAGGGACCAGCACAGAGAGCCUGGAACAAAUCAACUCCCUUACUGCAGGCCCAAUGCAACAUCGCCGUCUUGAGGUUAGUCUGACAGAGACAGAGGAGACUUGUCAGGAGAAGGAGAGGAGGCAUGUGGACCUGAAGCUUCAGCCCAACGUGAAGGAAAGUCUGAAGAAGAUGGAAGCCAGACCCUCCACCCUGGAGACGGACAUGCAAAUGCAGAUCAUGUCAGCCGCCACGCCUGCCAGCUCCAGUGACACCUCACCUAUCAGCUCCUUCACAUCCCAGAAGCACAGGCCUGUGUCAGUCAUACCACGCAGCAGAGCGAACGUCCUGCAGAAAGCCAAGGAAUGGGAAAAGAAAGGAACUACAUGGAGACCUUCAGGAAAAGCCAACUCCUCGUUCUACACUCCUGUAAAGCAUUGUAGCCCCCUUUCCUUAAACCUGCCUCACACCUGAGUCCACUCCAAAUGCAGGUCCAGACUGAACCUCCAGCUCUCAACAUCACAGACCUAAUCCUACCACAAGAAUCAAUAUAUAUGAUUUGCUCAUAUUUCAGAGAAAUACAACUCUGUACCCGAAAAGGUCACAUUCACUACGUGAGAAGAAUAUCCACUUUACCCAUAUAGAUUAUUGUAUGACAGCCUUUGCUGAUGUUGAAGUUUUGUUUGUAGAUGUCAGUAGCAAAGAUGUACUGUAAAUACAUUGAAAUUAUGUCUUUAAUGGAAGCUUCUUGUUAAUGUAAAGUCAGCUAACACAAUG